UCGUUGCCUUCACAUACGCGCAGGCGCUUUUUGAAUAGUCCUUGGUUUUCUUCGAUCAGCUGUAGGUUAAGGUACUCAAGAAAAGAAACCGACUUACUGCAUAAAAAUGCAGAGUUGGACUCGAGUGUAUAGUAGUUUGGUAAAGAGAGGCUAUGUGCAAAAUUUCACUUGCAGGCUGAAGGGACUCACAGCAGUGUCAAAUCGAACAUAUGCUGACAAGGCUCCACUUGAAGCUGAUGUCACAGUAGUAGGAUCUGGCCCAGGAGGUUAUGUUGCUGCAAUUAAAGCUGCUCAACUUGGUUUUAAGACUGUUUGUAUAGAAAAAAAUGAGACCCUGGGAGGAACUUGCUUAAAUGUUGGAUGCAUUCCAUCAAAGGCCCUGCUUAAUAAUUCUUAUUUGUACCACCUGGCACAUGGAAAGGAUUUUGCAAGUAGAGGCAUUGAAAUUACAGAACUUAAGCUGAAUCUGGAGAAAAUGAUGGAGCAAAAAAGUAGUGCAGUCAAGGCUUUAACAGGAGGAAUUGCCCAUUUAUUUAAACAAAAUAAGGUAACACACGUUGAAGGAUUUGGCAGAAUCACUGGCAAGAAUCAGGUAACAGCAGUAGGAAGUGAUGGCAGUUCACAAGUUAUUAAUACCAAAAAUAUUUUGGUAGCUACUGGAUCAGAGGUGACACCCUUCCCUGGAAUUGAGAUUGAUGAAACCACAGUGGUGUCUUCUACUGGAGCAUUGUCUCUGAAAAGUGUUCCUGAAAAGUUACUUGUAAUUGGAGCUGGGGUGAUUGGCGUUGAAUUGGGUUCAGUUUGGCAUAGGCUUGGGUCAGAUGUUACAGCAGUCGAGUUCCUUGGCCAUAUUGGAGGUGUAGGAAUUGAUAUGGAAAUCUCCAAAAACUUUCAGCGCAUUUUGCAGAAACAAGGCUUAAAAUUUAAGCUCGGAACUAAGGUCACUGGUGCAACCAAGAGACCAGAUGGGAAAAUUGAUGUUUCAGUGGAGGCAGCUGCAGGUGGCAAACCUGAAGUUCUUACGUGUGAUGUGCUCUUAGUCUGCAUUGGGCGGCGUCCAUAUACACAGAAUCUGGGGCUGGAAAGUGUGGGAGUUGAACUUGACAACCGAGGCAGGAUUCCUAUUAAUAACAGAUUCCAGACAAAGGUACCAAGCAUAUAUGCUAUUGGUGAUGUUGUGGCUGGCCCUAUGUUGGCUCACAAAGCUGAAGAUGAAGGAAUAAUCUGUGUAGAGGGAAUGGCAGGAGGUGCUGUUCACAUUGACUAUAACUGUGUGCCAUCUGUUGUUUACACUCAUCCAGAAGUUGCUUGGAUUGGUAAAUCUGAAGAACAGUUAAAAGAAGAGAACAUUCCUUAUAAAGUUGGCAAAUUUCCUUUUGCUGCUAAUAGCAGGGCUAAAACAAAUGCAGAUACAGAUGGAUUUGUGAAGAUUCUAAGCCACAAAGAAACCGACAGAAUGUUGGGAGCCCAUAUCCUUGGUUCCGGUGCUGGUGAAAUGAUUAAUGAAGCAGCUUUAGCAAUGGAGUAUGGAGCAUCCUGUGAAGAUGUAGCAAGAGUAUGUCAUGCUCAUCCGACUGUUUCAGAAGCUUUCAGAGAAGCGAAUUUGGCGGCAUCCUUUGGGAAAGCAAUCAAUUUCUAACCAUGGUUUGUGCAGGAAACCUACGACAUUAUGAAUUGAGUCAACAAAGUGCCGUAUGUGGAUUGGCAGAGCACAGUGCUAUUUAUUCGUGUACUGCAGCUGUUUUAUUUAAGAUACAUUUUCAGUAAAUGGAAAGGAAUAAGACCUGUUCUACUUAUGGACUAAUUCAAAGCAUUUAAUUUCUACCUUUAUGAAAGUGGAUCUGAAAUGAAUUUAUACAGUAUGUAAAAAGUCUUAUUCUGAAUAUAGCCAAGUUCUUUUACUGUGAUUAUGAUUGUCAUUCAUAAAGAUUUGUAAAACAUAAUCCAUUAAAAUACUGUCUUUCUA